AUGCCUAUGGAGGAGGCGAGCGCCCCUUCCGGCGGUGGGGACGACCUGUCGAGCUUGUCUCUGGAGGAGAGGCUCUCUUCAAAACUAUGGAAAGCGCGAUUGUCGGGUUACGAGGAGCUCACGCGCGUCUUUUCGCGCACAGCGUCGGAGGACGAUCCAGUUUUCGGCGAGUAUGCGCGCCAGACGGACACGCUGCGCGCCAUGGUCCUCGACUCGAAUGCAGCGGCACAGGAGAAGGGUGUUGAGGCUGUGUCCGCCUUUGUACAGUACGGCGGGCGCAAGGCCGGCCGCACACGCGAGCACGUCCUGCCGGCGGUCGCCGAAAAGUGCCUUGGCUCGAUGCGCACCGGCACGAGGAAGGCCGCCCUGGACCUCGUGCUUCUCUAUGCGGAAAACGAGGACCAAAAUGGGUGCGAGGGCAUCUCGACGGACCUCUUGCAGCUCCUCUCGUCCAAGCAGCCCAAGGUCGUGGCGGCAAACGUCGCCGCGCUCCACGAGCUGGUCAGUGCGUUUGGAACACCACAAGUGAGCGCCAAGCCGAUCGUCAAGCGCAUUCCAGACAUCUUUAGCCACGCCGACAAGAACGUCCGUGCAGAGGGCACGGCGCUUACCGUGGCUCUGCACCAGUACCUCGGCACGGCACUCGCGCCGACCCUUGCACAGCUCAAAGAGAUCCAGGUGAAGGAGCUCGAGGCCAAGUUUGCCGAGGCCGGCACAAGGCAGCCGACGCGCUUCCUCCUUUCUCAGAAGCCCGCGGAAGCCGCACCGAGCGACGAGACGCCUGACGCCGCGCCUGUACAGGAGAGUGAGGUGACGCAAGACGCGGAGCCGGCGCCGGCGCCGGCGACCGUCGACGCGUACGAGCUCGCGGACGCCCACGACGCCCUCCAAAGCCGUAAGCUUGCCAAGAACUUUUUCGAGCUGAUCGCCUCGGCCAAAUGGCAGGAGCGGCUCGAGGCGCUCGAGUCGCUGCAUGCGGCACUCACCGAGUCCAUUCGUCUGCAGCCGGACGGCGGCUACGAGCCGUACGUCCAGGCAAUCCAGCUCCGCAUUGUGAAGGACGUGAAUAUCAACGUCGUGAUGCAGGCAUGCCGCUGCCUCGAGGCGCUUGCCAAGGGCCUGCGUACAGAUGCGAGCCGCUAUCUCUAUGUCCUUCCUGCGCUCCUCGAAAAGCUCAAGGAGCGCAAGCCAGGGCCUGUCGAGGUCCUGAGCAACACGCUCGACGCUCUAUUCCACUGCGGCACGCUGAGCGACGUCCUCGAGCCGAUCGAGGCUGUUUCGGCGCACAAGAACCCUGCGGUGAAGGCGGGGGCGAUGCGCUUCCUUGUGCGGUGCCUCCAGACGACGCCUGUGCAGCCGACGCCGCCGGAGCUCAAGUCCAUUGCCAAGAUCCUGCUGGGUGCAAUGAAGGACGGCGCUGGCGACGUCCGCGACGCAGGUGCAGCAGGUCUCGGAACGCUGCUCAAACUCGUCGGCGAGCGCCCUAUGCUUCCUUACCUCGACACGCUCGACGAUAUCAAGAAAGGCAAGGUGCAAGAGGAGGCUACUUCGGCUACGGUUCAGGCAAAGAAAGGAGCAGCCGCACCCGCCGCCGCACCCGCAGUCGCACACGCAGCCCGUGCACCGCCCAAGGCUGCCCCGGCAUCUGCCAAGCCUACGGUGCGUUCACCCGCGCGCCCGGCCGGCGGUCGGCCUCCUCCUGCGGCACGCACGCCGGUGCGCCCGACGCAAGCCGCAGCACGUCCUUCGCCGGCGGCGCCUCGUGCGACACCGGUGCCCCGCGUGACGCCGGCUGCUCCCCGUGCGGCUCCUGCUGCGCCGCCCGCUGCCGCUGCGCCCCGCCCCCCGGUCUCGCGCCCUGCACCGGCGAAGGCGCCGGCGAAGGCGCCGGCCAAGGCUGCCGCGCCGAAGGACGACAAGGUGCGCUUCAAAUACUCGCCAGAAGACGCCGAAGGACACUUUGCCGAUCUUGUCCCGGACAAGAUCCGCGAGCAGCUCGGCAACAGCAACUGGAAAGAGCGUCUAGAAGGCGCCCAAACGCUGACGACGCUGCUGUCGUCCGACACCUCGAUCGACGCCGAGCUCCUGGCGCGAUUCCUGGGAAAGUACCCCGGCUGGAAAGAGAGCAACUUUCAGGUGCUCAACGAGAUCUACCGCGGAUUGCAGGCGCUUGCGCAGCAGAACCAGUCAUUUGACCGCCCAGCAGCGGCGCUGACGAUUGCCCCGCUGUGCGACAAGCUCGGCGACCUGAAGCUCAAGGGCAAUGCGGGCGAGACGCUCUUGGUCUAUGCCGAGAUUGUCACGCCGGCAUUUGUCGUGAGCCGCGCCCUGCCCGCACUCGGCGCGCUCAAGGCGCCCAAGGCGCAGGCCGAGGCGAUUCUCUGGCUCGAGCAGCUGCUCCUUGCUUUUGGCACGAGCGGCGUGGACAUCAAAGGCGUCGUCGGAUUCCUCAUCACUUCGCUCAAGUCGGCGAACGCGGCCGUGCGCGCGAAUGCGACCAAGGCGAUGGGCACGCUGGCGAUGUACGUCGGCACGACGCUCCAGGCGAUGCUCGGCGACCUCAACCCCCAACUGCGCACCAGCAUCGAGGCUGAGAUUGCAAACGCAGGCGCGCCGCCUGCGCCGACACGCACCGUACGUGGCACAGCUGCGCCGGACGCGGCCCCAGCAGAGGCGGCGGAAGACGAGGCCGAGGCGCCAGUCGGGGGCGAGACCGACGAGGCCGAGCUCGAGCGCCUCGUGCCGCGUGUCGACGUCGACGCGCUGCUGCCCAGCGCCGCAAUCGCACAGCUGGGCGAUGCAAACUGGAAGAUGCGCAAAGAAGGUCUCGAGACUAUCCAGAGCACCUUGCAGCCGCAUCCUCGCCUCAAGGGCUCGUUGGGCGAGCUGAGCGCGCCGCUCCGUGCACGGUACGCGGACAACAACAUCAUGGUACGCAUGCUCGCGCUCGACAUUGCCGCCAAGCUUGCACAAGGCAUGCAUGCGGGCUUUGAGAGCCAUGCGCGCCUGUUUGUCCCUCCGAUCACGCAGGUACUGGCCGAUGCCAAAGCGCCGGUGCGUGCUGCUGCUGCGGCGUCCCUCACCGCGAUCUACGGCCAGGUCGGCCUUCCUGUGAUGGUCACGGCAAUGGGGCCGGUGCUCGACGGGAAAGGCGCGAACCCCACGCUGCGACAGGAUGCCUUUACAUGGCUGCUCGAGCGCAUGCAAGAGCAGGCGCCGGCGCCAGGCACGGACCUCACGCCGCUGCUUCCUUCGGUUGUCGUUGCAUUGGAUGACCGAACGCCCGGCGUGCGUAAGUCGGCACAAGGCCUGCUUCCGUUCCUUGUCGCACGCGCUGGCCACAAGGCCGUGGUCGAACAGUGCAAUGGUCUCAAGACUGCGUCCAAAUCGACCGCGCUGCCGCUUGUCGAUGCGGCGCGUGCACAGGCCGCGACGCUCGGUGGCGGCGCCAAGGCGGCACCCAAAGCACCUGCCGCCGCGCCUGCGCCAGCCGCGAAGCCGGCCGCGCGCCCUACGCCGCGCCCUGGCGUGCGGCAGCCGACGGCCGUGAGCCGUACGCUGCGCGCGCCUGCCCCUGGCGUGCGCCGCCCAGCGCCACCCGAGGCGGCCAAGCCGGCGCCCGUCGAUACGCCGCCGUUUAUUACGUCGGAUCCCAAGUACAAGGUGAUUCGCGAAAAGGCGGCGUUGCGCCAGGCGCCGUUCCUGGCGGGCGACGGCACGGUGCGCCCGGACCAGAUUGACCAUCUGCAGCACCAGAUGGAAUCGUGCUGUGCGCCUGCGCUGAUUGACGCGCUCUUUAGCAAGGACCACAGUGCAGAGCGCGACUACCUGCAAGGCCUCGGCACGCUGUACGAGUUCCUCACUGCGCCCCCCGUCCCUGACGAGAUGGUGGCGAGUGUCGUGGCGAAUACGGACUUGCUGGUCAAGUAUGUCUGCCUGCGCGUGCUCGACAAGAACACGAGCGUCGCGCUCAAGUGUUUCGAAGUGCUUUCCGCGCUUGUCGACGUCCUCAUCAAGGCCGAGUACCACCUGAGCGAGCAAGAGGGCCAAACGCUCCUCCUCGCGCUCAUUCUACGCAUCGGUGACACCAAGACAGCCUUCCGCGAGCAUGUGCGCGAGAUUCUGCACCGCACUACGCUGCUGUGCCCCCCGAGCCGCCAUGUGCAGAUGCUCCAGGAGCACGGACUCGCGUCGAAGAACGCACGCACGCGCGCCGAGUCGCUCGUCGAGAUGGAGUACCUCUUUGCGCGGCACGGGCUGCAGGUGUGCACGCCGAGCAAGACGCUCCCUGUCGUUGCGCAGGUGAUUGGCGACCGCGACGCGGCGGUGCGCAGCGCCGCGCUCCAGGUGCUCGCCGAGGCGUACAAGAGCGAAGGCGACCAGAUCUGGCGCCUUGUCGGCCCUCUGCCGCCGAAAGACGAGUCGAUGCUCGAGGAGCGCCUCAAGCGCACGGCCGUCGUUGACAAGGGCGACCGCGCCGCUCCGCGCGAGAGGGCGCCGGUCGAGAAAGCGGCGGUGCCACCCAAAGCCGCCGACGUCAGUGCGCCGCCGACGCCGGUCAAGCCGCUCGGUGCGCCGUCCACGCCAUCGGUCAUGCCUGUCGCACGUAUGCCCCGCCGCUCGCUCAGCGAGUUGGCCACGCCGUCGCGCUCGCCCCGCCGCAGCCUUGCCGAGCCCGAGCCGCUCGACCCCCAGCUCGAGUCGGACCUCGCGCAAGUGUGCAGUGCCGAUUCGGAAGAGAGCAUUGCAGCGCUCAAGACGAUGCAGGAGCACCUUGCGCUGAUCAAUCCUGUUCCCCAGACGCUUCUGGAUGCGCUUGCCGAAAGUGUGCUUACUGCGCUCGGCAAUACCGUGUCGCGCACGGACGACGGCGUUGUGGUCCACCACCGCUAUGUAAAGCAUGUCCUCCAGACCAUCCUAGUGAUGCUCGAGGCGCAGCAGCUUGCCAAUGGCACCCCCCUCCUUUCAGAGCCCGCGAUCGAGGCCGUGCUGAGUGCGCUCCUCUUCCGUUUGAUGGACGUGUCUGUCGAGACGGACGAGGCGUCGCAGACUCUCUCGAAGCAUCUGAAUGCUGUUGUGUUGCGCGUCUUGUCGACGUGUGACCCCAAUAGCGUCUAUGCCGCAUGCUUCCACGUGCUGGCCGAUGCGACCAAGGACAUUGAGAGCCAACGUGGCGACGCGCUCGACCGGGCGACGCGCUUUGCCGAACUCGUCAUCAAGUGCCUGUGGAAGGUGGCGCGCAAGCUCCCUGGCGCGCUCCAGUCGCAGCAGAUCCACGGCGCGCGGCUCCUGGCCACAGUGGAAGAGUUCCUACAAACCAUCCCCCCCGUCGAAUGGGGCCACCGCGCGCAGCGCCAGGCGGCACUCAAAGACAUCCCCCUGAUCACCGCGACGAAUGUUUUGAAGCAAAUUAUCGAUACGGUUGGCGAAGAGGCGCUGACGAUGCUCGACACGCUCUCGGACCCCGAAGGCAGCCACGUCUAUCGCUAUCUGUUGCGCCUCCUCUACACGGAGGAGGCCCACCACGCGGACGACGCGGCCGAGCGCGAGUCGCCGCCGGCGGCUGCCCCCCCCGCCGAGGACGAGGCGACGGUCGAGCUGCGCGGCAUCUUUGACCGGAUCUCGCAGAAAGACCAGUCGCGUGCUGCGAUCCGCGAGCUGUACGAGUUCCAGAAGCGCCACCCCAGCAAGCAGCCCGACAUUGACCGCUCCUUGCAGAACACGGGCCCCAUCUUCCAGCGCUACAUCAAGCGUGCCCUGGCGAACCACGCGGCGGAGGACGCCAAGGCGCCGGCGCCGGCGCCGCGCCCCACGCCCUCUGCGCGCCCGUCCGAGUCUGGCGCAGCAAUGGAUGCACGCCUCGCCGAACUCAAGGCCAAGUUCCGUAGAGAGACCGACGCACCCGCGGCGGACCGCACAGAGGCACGCCCAGCGGCCUCCACCGAGGCCCUGCGCCAGCGCUUCGCCGCGAUGCGCACGGACAACUAG